ACCCAAUAGAACUAUACGUCGGCCGCGUUUUCUGUCGGUAAUAAAAAUUUGUUGCACAAAAACUUGCGCAGUAUUCGAUCAAAAUACGAUUAAACACGCCCAAAAAGCGAAAGAUUGCGCGCAAAAAAUAAACUCGAGCUAAGAGCAAACACAGCGUUUUAAUAAGCAGUGAAAAAAUGUCAUCGAAAUCUCGACGAGCUGGCACCGCGACGCCGCAGCCCGGCAGCACCUCCACUCCGCUGCCGCCAACCGGACCCCAACCGUCGCAGUCGCAAUCGUCGUCGCAGUCGCAGCAGCAAGCUAAUAGUCCACUGAGCCCCACACGUCAUUCGCGUCUCGUGGAGAAGGUGGAGCUGCAGAAUCUGAACGAUCGUCUGGCCUGCUAUAUCGAUCGUGUACGCAAUCUGGAGACGGAGAACUCACGUCUCAGCAUCGAGGUGCAAACGACCCGGGACACUGUGACCAGAGAGACGACCAACAUUAAGAAUAUCUAUGAGAAUGAAUUGCUCGAUGCACGUCGCAUGCUCGAUGAGUUGGCACGCGAACGUGCCCGACUCGAGAUCGACACAAAGCGCCUGUGGGAGGAGAACGAGGAGCUGACGGCGCGUCUCGAUAAAAAGACCCAGGAAUGCAGUGCAGCAGAGUCCAAUGCCCGAAUCUAUGAGUCACGUGCAAAUGAGCUGAGCAACAAAUAUACGCAGGCCAAUUCUGAUCGCAAGAAGGCCAAUGAUGAUUUGAAUGAGGCCCUUAAGGAUUUGGAUCGUUUGCGCAAACAGCUCGAGGAUUCGCGCAAGAAUCUCGAACAGGAGACACUGGCGCGUGUGGAUCUGGAGAAUAGCAUACAGAGUUUGCGUGAGGAGCUCUCGCUCAAGGAUCAGGUUCAUGUGCAGGAGAUCAACGAAUCGCGUCGGAUUCGGCAAACUGAAUACAGCGAGAUCGAUGGACGUCUUUCGUCGGAGUACGAGGCAAAGUUGCAGCAAUCGCUGCACGAGUUGCGCAGCCAAUACGAGGAACAGAUGCGCAACAAUCGCGAAGACAUCGAAGCCCUCUACGAGGCCAAGAUCCGUUCGCUGCAGGAUUCCGCGUCGCGCACUAGCAACUCGUCGCACAAGUCCAUUGAGGAAUUGCGCAAUUCACGCAUACGCAUCGAUGGCCUCAAUGCCAAGAUCAACGAUCUGGAGUCGACCAAUGCUGUGCUGAAUGUGCGCAUCCGCGAGCUGGAACAGCAGCUGGACAACGAGCGUGAGCGCCAUAGCAAUGAUAUCGCCAUGCUAGAGAAGGAGCUGCAUCGUUUGCGCGAUGAGAUGGCCCAUCAGCUGCAGGAGUACCAGGAUCUAAUGGACAUCAAGGUCUCUUUGGAUCUGGAAAUCGCUGCCUACGACAAGCUUUUGGUGGGUGAGGAGGCGCGCUUGAAUAUAACGCCCGCCAAUUCGGCCACGGUGCAGUCGUUCAGUCAAUCCUUGCGCAGCUCACGUGCCACGCCCUCGCGUCGCACUCCGUCUGGCGGACUAAAACGCAAACGAGCCGUUGUCGAUGAAUCGGAGGAUCGAAGUGUGUCCGAUUUCUAUGUGUCGGCCAGUGCCAAGGGCAAUGUGGAAAUCAAAGAGAUCGAUCCCGAGGGCAAAUACGUCAAGCUGUACAACAAGGGCAGCGAUGAGAUCGCCAUCGGUGGCUGGCAACUGCAGCGUUCCGUCAACGAUGGUGGACCGGUCACCACAUACAAGUUCCAUCGUUCGGUUAAAAUCGAACCGAAUGCUACGGUUACCGUUUGGUCAUCGGAUUCGCGGGCCAGCCACGAGCCACCAUCCAACAUUGUGAUGAAGCAACAGAAAUGGAUCACAGGCGACAAUACGAAGACGGCUCUGUUGAAUAGCGAUGGCGAAGCGGUUGCCAAUUUGGAGCGCAUCAAGCGUAUUGUGUCCACCCAUGUGUCGUCCUCAUCCUCAUCGCGUCUCAGUCGUCGUCGCAGCGUCAGCGCCGUUGAUGGCCACGAGCAACUGUAUCAUCAGCACGGCGAUCCCCAGCAGGCCGGCGAGAAGUGCGCGAUUAUGUAACAGCUGCCAUGAGUUAACAGAAAAAACAAUUACACACACUAAACACACACCACACCACACACACACAUAGCCAGACAGACAAUUUAUACAACAACAACAACAAUAACAGACCCCGUUAGACAGCUAAGUUUAUAUAUUUUAGUUUACCCCAUUUAUAAGAAAAACGUUCAAUUAAUUUAUUCAUUUUUUGUAUAUCCCUGCAACAAGAGAGCAGCAGGUUUACAUGAACAACUUUAUGUCUUCAAUAUUAAUCUUCCACAUGUUUAAAAAUUCAGUUUCUGUUUUGUGUUUCUCCAUAACAACAACAAAAAAAUGACAAAUUUCAAUUUACGUUACGUGUUUCGAAUUCAAAAACUACUCCCCCACUUCAACUAUACUUUACGUAUUCAUAAGCAGUAGUUUUGUAGACUUUAUAUGGUAUAUUUGUUAACAAUCCCCAACUACUUCCAGGCUAUAGAAUAUACCAUUUAGAAUUUACAAAAGAAAACAAUAAUUUUCAACUCUUCCUCUUUUUUUUUUACAAAAUCUUUGCAAAUGCUGAGUUUUACAGCAUUUCCGAUGCAUUUUGUGCAAAGAACACCCCUCAACCAUAUAUAAAUAAAUAGACAUAAAUAUACAUAUAGUUUUGUAAGCAGCAUUAAAAUUACGACAAGAGCUCAUGUUAAAUAACUAAUAAAAACAAAAACUAUAUCAACAAAAAAUCAGACUACAUAAUAGUAAGAUAAGUAUCUUUUUUUACACGCAGAUCAAAUAAAAAUACAAAUUUCUAUCUAACAUAUAAAGAACAAGAAGAGACAAAACACGCAUAAAAAGGCAAUGUGAGAAAAUAAAAAGAAAAGAAAGCCAGCAAUAAUAUAUAUUUUUAAAACAAAUAAAAUUCGAAGGCAAUCUCUCCCUCGGUUUGGCGCUCAUAUUAGAUUGUUUUCAAUAUCUAUAUACAUAUAUAUAUAUAUAUAUCUUUUUGGGCGCUCAACCGGUUUAAACUUCAACCCAAGAAAGUUUUGCGGCGUUUAUUUUAUGCGUGGGUGUGGCCACGACAAACUAUUCAACAAAUAAAAAAUAAGAAAAACCUACAAAUUAAAUUGUAAUCUUA